AUGGCAGGAGAGCCAGAGCCCCAGCGGCCAAAGAACCAUGGUGAGGAAGUCACAUUUGGAGGCAAGGGAUUUGCUGAGAGCAACCCCCAGGGUCUCAUUCCCAGCUGCAAGAGCAUGCCAUAAUGUCUGACCCGAGUCCCCUGGCUUCUUCUGCUCCUCAUCUCUCUGGCCCUCUUUGUGCUGAAGUUGGCCAUCCUGGUUCAAGUUUCCAGGAUUCAUGGAUACCCCCAGGGACAGACUCUGGAUCAGCAGGGGAGCUCCAGCUUGGAUGCUGUUCCUCAUGAGCAGACACACUCCAGCUUGGAGCAGAUCCAGCAUCAGCUGACGCAGAUCAAUGCCUCACUGGCUGGCCUGUGCCGGCCCUGCCCCUGGUACUGGGAGCUCUUCCAGGGAAGCUGCUACCUCUUCUCCAGGACUCUGGGCAGCUGGGAAGCCUCAGCCUCCGCCUGCCAGGCUCUUGGAGCUCACUUGGUGAUUGUCAACAGUAUUGAAGAGCAGAGAUUCCUCAAAUUCUGGCACAUGAGAAAGAAUGAACUCACGUGGAUCGGCCUCAGCGACCACAGACGUGAAGGUUCCUGGCGUUGGGUGGAUGACACCCCCCUCCAGCUCAGCUUCUGGAGAGAGGGGGAGCCCAAUAAUGAUGGGGAUGAGGACUGCGUGGAGCUGGGAGAUGAUAAAUGGAAUGACAGAAGAUGUACUGCCAACAACUUCUGGGUCUGUGAGAAGCCCUCGGCUCCCUGCCCUGGUCACUGAGGGUCUGUGCUUCCCAUAGGCAUGCAAGCAACUUGGGGGCACUCUGCUCUAGUUCCUGCCACCUUUUUCAUCCCCAGUGUCCCUGCUCAGAGUCUUUGGGGAUCCCGAGAGUGUCCCUGAGACACCCUCACCCUCAGUGCUUCCCUCUUUUUCUAUGGGUGAUCUCAGUUGCUCUUCCCAGCCCAUGACCCCCAGGAGAGUCACACACAUGUCUGACCAGCAGGAGGGGGUCACUGCC